AAUUCUUUCAUCUUCCAUCUAUUGGACUGAAAUUGCUGUAAAUUGAAGCAGACAUCCAUACAUCAUGCCCCGUAUUGCGCAAGCUGUCACAGUGUCGUUGCAGGAUCUCAAGAACGGAACGGUGCCGUUGGAGUCACUCCACGAAGCCUUUGGUCCGGACUCGCUAGGCAUUCUGGUUGUUAAGGAUGUGCCCCCCGAAUUCGCCGGUCUAAGGCGUCAUUUGUUGUCAUACUCGUCCUACCUGGGGAAUCUGCCCAAAUCGGAACUGGACAAGCUCGAGAACGAAAAGGCCAAGUAUCUUACCGGUUGGUCCCUCGGUAAGGAGACGCUCAAGAACGGCCAGGUGGACACGCUGAAGGGUUCCUUCUACGCCAACUGCGCCUUCUACGUCGACCCGGAACUGUCGUGUGCCGUCCCAACGGAGCAGUUCAACCCGGACAACUUCCCCGAGUAUCUUUCACCCAACAUCUGGCCCGGCCAAGCCACCCUUCCCGGGUUCAAGGAGACCUUUGAGGACCUAUGUCGCCUAAUCAUCGACGUAGCCGUCCUCGUCGCGAAAGCGUGUGACAGGUUCGCCGAGAAAGAGAUCACCGGCUAUCCCAGCGGCUACCUGGAGCGUGUCGUGAGCACCUCGACCACGACCAAGGCCCGCUUGCUGCACUACUUCCCCGAGGACCCGUCCAAUGAACCAGCCCCGGUGGCCAUGUCGGACGCGGUCGCCAACAGCAACGACCCGGACGAGGACGACUGGUGCGCAACCCACCUCGACCACGGCUGCCUGACGGGCCUGACGUCGGCCAUGUUUGUCGACGAGUCCGUGUCGAACCCGCUGGUAGCCACGCCCGAGAUCGAGCCGGUAUCGCCCGGCCUGCCGCACCUGGCGCCGCUCCCCGAGCUCGAUACGUCGCCGGACCCGGCCGCCGGCCUGUACAUCAAGUCGCGCACGGGCGAGACGGUGCAGGUCAAGAUCCCGCGCGACUGCAUCGCCUUCCAGACGGGCGAGGCCCUCGAGCGCAUUACUGGCGGCAAGUUCAAGGCCGUGCCGCACUUCGUCAGGGGCGCGAGGGCGGCGCUGAGCGAGGGCCGGAUUGCCCGGAACACGCUCGCCGUGUUCACGCAGCCGAACCUCGGUGAGAAGGUGGACAUGGAGCAGCACAUAACCUUUGGCGAGUUUGCCAGGGGAAUUGUGGCGAGGAAUACCGUGUCUUAAGGGCUGUAACUGUGGGAUAUGCCGUUGAAUAAUGGUGUUUCCUUACCUACAUAGUACGGUUCAAUCCCUGUUUGUAUGUUAAGUACACGGAGGUUUUGACCAGGAAGCUCGAGAUGGAGAUAGCUUGGCAUUGAAACAACGAAUGUACAAGUAACAUGUGUGUCCGGCAUGAUCGGAAAUGUUAAGCGUUCGACUCGUUUCUCCGGUACCGAAAUGUCAUUUUUACUACGUCUCAUCAUUUCAAGGCAGCUAAGCUCAUGGACAUAUUGAAGAGGGUAAACUCAUCAUAUCUCAUUUCGAGGUUGUGAGCUGAUGAGUGAUGGCUCGGCAUCCUGCACGGCUGCGCUAAACCCACCC